ACGGGUCAUUAUUUACGGAAGUAACGCUUUUUCUACAACAGAAGAGUAGUUAUUUUGUGCUUGUGUUUUAUGUAACUUUGCUCUGUUUUCAUGUAUACCCCAUCUCUCUGUUACAAGUCUGCUCAGAACAUAAUCAGCUUCAGAGAAGCAUCAGUAAUAACUUAAUUUCUUCUGAGUGACUUAAGAAAAUUAGAGGAAAUCUUGCCCGCUACAGCAGCAUAGCUCAAGAGCACAGAGCCAAGAAGCUCCUGUAAUUUUUGUUUCGUUUGCAGUCCGGGAGUGUUUCAAAGUCGUUUGACGUUUUUACUAAGUACUUGCCGUCUGGAAACCAGUUCUUUGGACUUUGGGAACGUUGACCAGAGUUGACAGCGAGCUAGCUUGCUAGCUCAACGUUAGCACAAUGGGAGCUGAGCAGAGCGGAGAUGCGGAGCAUAAACACUCCGAUUACAGCUCAUCGGUGGUACCUUCCCCUGCUAAGCAGAAGGCAAAGAUGGAUGAUAUUGUGGUCGUGGCCCAGGGGACUCAGUCAAUGAGAAACAUCCACAACGACCCUGAUGUCAUCAAACUUCAAGAGAUACCCACGUUUCAGCCACUUUUAAAAGGAGUGUUGAGUGGCCAGACGUCACCCAGCAGCGUGUGUUUGGAGAGGCUAGACGCUGCUCAGGUUCUGCAGCUCUGCAUCCGAUACCAAGACCAUCUGCACCAGUGUGCUGAGGCCGUGGCUUUUGAUCAAAACGCCCUGGUGAAAAGAAUCAAAGAGAUGGAUUUGUCCGUGGAAACCCUGUUCAGCAUAAUGCAGGAGCGCCAGAAACGCUACGCCAAGUAUGCCGAGCAGAUCCAGAAGGUCAACGAGAUGUCCAUGAUCCUGCGUCGCAUCCAGAUGGGCAUCGACCAGACGGUGCCGCUGAUGGAGCGCCUCAACAACAUGCUGCCUGAAAGUGAGCGCCUGGAGCCCUUCAGCAUGAGGACCGAUGGGGAAUCUGCCACCAAGUAGCCUGUUGAAAACAAACACAGCUGUUUGAUUGAGUCCUCUGUGCUGGAGAAAGUGCAGGUCCGUCCAGCUGGGAGAAAACCUAAGACUCGCAGUGGUUAAAGAAAGCCUUCAGCUGUUCAAGUGUUGCUUUUUAAUCGUGGAGAGGGUGCUUGAAUGAAGGUCCCUGAGACUACUUGGUCAGCUCUUUAGAUCAACAGUGUUUUACUCUUUUAUUUAUUGCUGAGAGCUUUGCUGAGCACAUACAUUAAUAAUCAAUAACACCCUAGUCAAGAGGGUCACAUUUAUUCCUGCAAGCUGCCCAGAUCAAUCACAACGCUCUGCUGCUGACCCCUGAGCAGCCACAGUGCUCCUCAGCUUAAAAAGGAGUUGCUUUAUAAGUGUUCCCGAGCUGCGUAGAUGAAUUCAGGCAAGUCAGACUUGGGAUUUUUGAGCUCAGGCCAGAAGAAACAAACAUGCGCUCUAGAGUUAGAUCUGUUUGCUCUAAAACUUAUCCUGCAGGUAUUCUGCAGGUUCAGAGACUCCAGUCUAGAUGUGAGCAACAUAAAAACAUGUAAAACAGCUGUUGUGGAAACUUGUGAAGACAUCCUGAAACAUGAAACUCUGAAUGGAUUUAUUUUGGAUUGCGGACCUCUCUUUACAGAUCAUUGUUGUUUAUGGUCCUGAUGUCCAUCUUGCUUCUUCCUGGCAACAGAGACUGAUCAUGGUCAACACGGGAAGCAUGAAUACACUGAACAGAAGCCAGAUAAGAAACCUUUUUAACUGGAGUUUUGUGUGCAGAGAAAAUAACUUUUAUUUCGAUGUUAAUAUUGCAUGCAACACAAUAAAAAUGAUCAAAAUUGACUCAGCAGACUGUGGUUGAGGAUUUUAGGAGAUUUAAUCAGGAAAAGGAUGCAGAGAUGGAGGCAAAACAACUUUAGAUUAACAAUCCUCAACUUUAGAGUAAAUUUCUGCAUAAACUUUGUUUGUCACAGAUGCCAAAAAUCCACAGAAUUAUAAAAAUAAACAAAAGUGGGAGUUGAAGAAGAGCCUGGGCUGUUGAUUCUUCAUAGAAAACUAAUAUUGACAUCACUGCAUCGUUUUCUGCUUUGCAUUCUUCAUCAUAAUUCAUGCUCUCUGUGUUUAAGCCUUUAAAGGGAAAGACAUUUUUUACUAUAUUUGGUCAGCCUGUUUUUUUUUUUAUGUAAAAUUAUAUGUAAAACCUCAACCCUCUACUGAACCUCAACUUUUGCAAUUUUCUCACUGACGCACCCCCUGUUGAAAGCUAAUUUGGCAUCCAUACUGCAUCCUACUUGUACUGUGAUCUCUCAGUAAAACAGUCUUAUCUUGA